AUGUCUUAAAAUUAGUACUAAUUUGUAGAAUUUCUAGUCUUUGGAUAACCAUGUAAAUGAUAACUUAAACGUAGUUACUGGUAAAACCUCACUUCUAAAGUCAGCCAUAGGAGAAAAAUUUAAAGAAAAUUAUUAGUCUAAUAUAGGAAUAGAAUAAAUCGUCAAAUAAAUUAAGAUUGGGGAUGAAAUUUUGAAAUUACGUUUGUGGGAAUUUCCAGGAUUUCAAAAUUUCAAAUAGAUAGCAAGAAUGUAUUAUAAAAGGACUUAAGGACUUAUAUUACUGUACGAUAUAACUGAGUAUUGAUACUAUUUUAAUUGACUUAGUCAUGAGUCAUUUGAUAAUUUGGAAAACCAUCUAGAAGAAGCAUUAUAGCAUCAUGAUUCACUUUUGAGCAUCAUCUUGAUUGGAAACAAAGUGGACUUAGACAGUAAGAGAUAAGUUUCAAUUGAAGAAGCAGAGGAUUUUGCUAGCAAAAAGGGAUUUCCUUUUUUCGAAAUAAGUGUUAAAACUAAUCAUAACUUUGAUUUAGUACUUGAAUACUGUCUUCGCGAUGUUCUUGAAAAAGCCAAAAUUAAAGGAAUUGAGCUCAAAGUAAUUUACGCGAUUUAUUAUUAUAGAAAACUCAUCCUAAUAAUUAGGAGUCUGAAUCCUAAACUUCCAAUUCAGUGUCUUUAAACUAACAAAAGGAGAAUUGGUUUAAGUGUUAUUGA